AUGUGGGUGUUUGGCUACGGGUCCCUAGUGUGGAAAGUAGAUUUUAAAUAUGAAUACAAAGUUGUUGGUUACAUUAAGGGAUAUUACAGGAGAUUUUACCAGCAUAGCAUAGAUCACAGAGGAGUACCAGAAAAGCCUGGUCGAGUGGUUACUUUAAUUCCAAGCGAAGAUCCAAAUAGUAUUGUUUGGGGAAUAGCUUAUAAGAUAAAAGAUGAGGAUAUUGAAGAAGUAACUCACCAUCUUGAUUACAGAGAAAAAAAUGGCUAUUCCAAAGAAACUGUGACUUUUUAUCCUAAAGAUGAAAUUACAGAACCAUUUGAAUUAACUUUAUAUGUAGCUACCUCUGACAAUGAAUCUUAUGCUGGUCCAGCAUCAAUAGAAGAUAUAGCCAAGCAAAUAAUAUCUUGUCAUGGCCCCAGUGGGGCUAAUAAAGACUAUUUGUACAAUUUAGCUGAAGCAAUGCGACAACUGGCUCCCGGUGUGAAUGAUGAUCAUCUCUUUUCCUUAGAAACCGCUGUAAAGAGAUUAGAUAAUAGUUUAUGA